ACACAACGCACUUCCUUACCGGCAUUUUAGUAUUAACACGCGAAGUUGAACAGUCUUUGGUGUACUUACUAGCUAUUUAUUUAUUGUGGAACGUGUUUAACUUUACUUUAAAUAUGCUUGGCCUGUGCCUUUAUGUGCCUGUUCCGAAUUCGGAUGCGGCUGAAUUCGAGUAUUUUGAGUCCAAUGGACUACCAUCGGAGUUGAAAUCGCUCUUCAAAUUGAGUGUGUUUCUACCUUCACAAGAGUUUUCUACUUAUCGGAAAUGGAGAAAGAAAGCAGUGAAAAGUGCAGAUAAGGACCUGGAUGAGCAGAUGGUCUUCGAGGAGUUUGUGAACUAUUUGCAAGAUCAUGAGAAAGACCUGAGACUUGUCUUCAAGAGCCUGGACAGAAGGAGAGCUGGUCAAAUAUAUUCUAAGGAAAUCAAGGAGUCACUCCAGGACCUUGGUGUUCACAUAUCACAGCAGCAUGCCGAGAAGAUCCUACAAUGCAUGGAUAAGAAUGGCACAAUGACCAUCGACUGGAAUGAGUGGAGCAACUACCCUCUGCUACACCCCAAAGAGAACAACAUCCCUGAGAUCACCCUCUACUGGAAACACUCCACGCUCUUUGAUGUAGGUGAAAAUCUGAUGGUUCCUGAUGACUUCACAACAGAGGAAAAACUGACAGGAAUGUGGUGGAGGCAUCUGGUUGCAGGCGGAGGUGCAGGAGCAGUGUCCCGAACAUUCACCGCCCCCUUAGACCGACUCAAAGUACUCAUGCAGGUCCAUGGUUCCAGUAGCAACAACAUGUGCAUCAUGAGUGGGCUCACCCAGAUGAUCAAAGAAGGUGGGAUGAGGUCGCUGUGGAGAGGGAACGGAAUGAACAUCGUCAAAAUUGCACCUGAAACUGCCAUUAAGUUCAUGGCUUAUGAGCAGAUCAAGCGUUUGAUUGGCAGUGAUAAGGAGACACUUGGCAUCCUGGAGCGUUUUUUAGCUGGCUCUAUGGCUGGAGUCAUCGCUCAGAGCACCAUCUACCCCAUGGAGGUUCUGAAAACACGGCUUGCCUUGCGAAAGACUGGUCAGUACUCUGGCAUCUCUGACUGUGCAAAGAACAUCUUUAGGAGAGAGGGACUGUGUGCCUUUUACAGGGGCUUUAUCCCCAACAUGAUGGGCAUCAUCCCCUACGCUGGAAUCGACCUGGCUGUGUAUGAGACAUUGAAGAACUCCUGGUUAGAAAAGUAUGGCACCAAAAGUACUGACCCGGGAGUGUUAGUUCUGCUUGGCUGUGGCACAAUCUCCAGCACCUGUGGUCAGCUGGCCAGCUACCCCCUAGCCCUGGUCAGGACCCGCAUGCAGGCACAAGCCAUGAUGGAGGGCAGCCCACAGAUGACAAUGUCAGGGCUCUUCAAACAAAUCAUUCAGACAGAAGGGGCCACUGGCCUCUACAGGGGCCUGGCCCCUAACUUCCUGAAGGUCAUUCCAGCUGUCAGCAUCAGCUAUGUGGUGUACGAGAACCUGAAGAUGUCGCUGGGCGUUAAGUCGCGAUGAGAAGGUGACUCACGACAUCUGAAUGGUUCAGCUUUGAUGUGUGUCCGUGAGUGAGAUCCCUCCUAAGGAAUCUCUGACACUUGAGGUUUGUGGAGCCAUCUCAUUCUAUGAAUGCCAGAAGAUGGAGUAGAACAAGGGACAAUAGAAUGAAAAGACAAGGUAUCAACUCCGUGAGCUGAAAUGGAGGGGGGCGGCGUCCCUCAAUAUUGCUAUUUCUAAUAUUAUUUAAUAGUUUGUUUUAGAAGAUCAAUUGUUGAGUUAUUACCAGAAUUUGACAAUGAAUAUUGGUUAGCAACUCUAUAAUUGGGGACCAAUUCUUGCUGUUUCCAGUUUGUGGUUUUGUGCCUCUGUAAGAAUGUUCCUGUCUCUCUUUGGUUUCACUCAGUAAAUGAGGCUAUGCAACAGUGCAAACUGCACCAUACUCAUUAAGUAGAAACUACUUCAGUAAUGCACAACAAAUGUUUUUGACUAACAUGUAUUCAGACAUUUUCCUUAGCAUUUAAUGGGUUUUCUGAGUAGUUAUUGGUUAUCCCCCCCACAUUUGCCUGAUAUGAAAAUUAUAUUUGUUCAUGUUCUUAGAAUAUAAGAAAUUGGGAAAAAGCACGGUGAUUAUUUCCCCUUCUCACUUGGUGCAGAUAGACUAUUUAUUCACACUGCCAUUUAUUUUUGGAUCUGGGUAUGACCGUUAAGAAUGGCAUGUUUUUUAUUGUCUGGGUAUGACAGUUAAGAAUGGCAUGUUUUUUAUUGUCUGGGUAUGACAGUUAAGAAUGGCAUGUUUUUUGUUGUUCAGAACACAGCACUAACUGGCUUUAUGUUCAUAGGUUUGAUUCUUAGGGAUAACUAGAGAGCCAUAUUAUGUACAAGUAUUGUGGGUGUGUUUGCAUAAGAAGCCAAUGAGAUCUUAUUUUGCAAUGUUAAAGAGCAUGUAUUUAUACACGUUUUCAAUGCAAAUCAUGCAAUAAAUUAUUGCUUGAGUCCAUCCUGCAUAUUUUCACUUAAUAUAUAACUGUAAUAGUUUGUCCAUUUACAUUUAGUUGGUUAUUAUGGAAAUGCACAAUAAUUACUUCUGUGAGUGCAAAUCUCUGUAUAUGAGCUCAAGUCAAGAUCAGGAGAGUCUUGGUUGUCAGGACACUUAAUCAUUGUCUUUAUACCUAAAACCUUUAGAGUUUUGAGAAGAUUGAGUAAUACGAAUGCACUUUAAUUCAUGCUGGAGACACUUUUGAGUGUUUUGCAUUAACUUUAGAUUGAAACUGGGAAUUCACUUCAACUUCUGUAAAUAAUCAUUUUAUUAUUAAACUUUUUUUAUGAGCCA